AUGGCUACAAGAAACGAAUCAAACGGUCGAAUGGGAGAUCAAGUAAAAAAAUAUCUUUUUGAACCAUCAAAUGUUGUUUUAUCACUUGUUCAUCAUCGGAAAAAUUAUCAAUAUCUUUGGUGGAAUACUGACGAGACAAUAUUUUUAAAACCAUCUGUUGGUGAUAAAGGUUUAGAGAAGGAAGGUCGAGAACUUCGUUCUGAUCAGCCAGUCCCCGCAGAUGAAAUCUUAUCUUGUGAUCGAACAAUUAGAAAUGAAAUCAACAAGAUGGCUGAACAAGAACGUAAAGCAUUGAAACAUCCACUCAUUGAAGUAACAGAGAUUGAAGGACUAUAUUUGAGUCCAGAUAUCUGGACCGAUAAUUACAGAAAAGUUUCGUAUCUUGGAGCAACAGCUCACUAUAUUAUUGAGCAACAAUUACAAAUUUACGGUUUAGACAAAGGCUCUCCAGAGAUUGAUUGUUAUUAUAUAGAUGAAGAAGAGAAUCACGACGAUAGUGAUUCUACAGAAGAAUCAUGUGAAGACGAAGAAUAUGAUGAUGGUCAAUUAUUUCUCAUCGACUAUACAACAACAACGCUCAACAAUCUUCCUCAAUCAGCUAAACACAUCCUGCAAACAAUCGAAGAUUCAACGUCCACACAAAUCGACGAUGGUCAUCAAGCUUGCCGCAUGGUUAUAACGACAAACGCGAAAUAUGAUAUUCAGGAAGAAUGUAUUGAAGAAUCACCAUCGAAGUUACCAAAGGUUUUUUUGAAAUCUUUAAUGGAAAAUAAUCGAAUAACCAAGAAAAAAUACGUCAAAGCUGCGAAAGAAAUACAGUCAGAACAACUACAGUCGCUGAAAUUAUGUGGUAAAUAUUGUCAUGUGGAAGAAUUUGCAAACUUGAAAUUGUUAAUUUUAUACAAAAUGGUCGAAGAUCAAAUUAUGUCAUUCCUAACUCAAAAGUAUCAACAAUUGGAAUCAAUAUCAAUUGAUUUAGAUCGUGUUCGAUAUGGUGAUGGCGAUUUUAUAAGUAAUUUAUUAACAUUGUUAAUACAAAAUAAACCUCAGUUGAAAACACUAAAACUUGAUGCUUCUUAUGACCAUCAUCGUUCUGUAUCAAACCUAAUCGCAUUGACAACAACAGCAGCAAUAUCGAAGCUUCAACAUUUUACAUUUAAUUUUUAUCUUCUUAAUACAAAUUCUGUACAUAAUCUAUUGAUACAACUACCUUACUUAAAAUAUUUAAAUGUCUACGUAGGUGAUAAUAAGAAUAAUACUUUAACACUAACACAAUCAGCUGUUAUCCCGUUGAAUUUGUCAACACUAAUCAUGCGUCUAAACAGUAUAGAAUUUCAGGAAUUAGAAUAUUUAUUCUUGAAUAUUUAA